UUAUUAGUGCAGAUAAAAUCUUUUUUUAUUCGUCCAAAUACUUUCUGACUAAAAUUCUGGCUUAAGUAUAAAACAAGAUGCACUUUUUCAUAGACAUUCAAGUGUGGACCAGGGUUUCCAAUAGAAAUCUAAAACAAAAUGUACUUGUACACUUUGCUUAUGUGGGCAAAGUGUACGCCACCAAAAUAUAGGUUAAUUUUGACCGUUCCACUGCUCUCAGAAGCAGUGCUCGAUUGAGUCGCGAAGUCUCUCUUAAUAUGUUUAGGUGAAUAGUAUUCUUCGUCAUACAGCUGAAGUAUUAGAGAUGAAAACGAACGGAGAACUUGAAGAAUUGUACGAAAAAACAGCUUGGUUUUAUGAUGAAAAAUAUAAACGAGCAGGAGCAUGUUAUGAAGUGUUUGCACGAUCUGUCAGUCCUAGUAUCGCUAGUGAAGAAAGUGGAUUAAAUGAUUGUAAAAUCGAUGAAAAACAAAAGGAAGUUUUAUUAGCUAAUAUUCAAAGACGUUUAACACCACAAGCAGUCAAAUGCAGAGCUGGUACGUAGAUUCGCUUUAAGUUUGUGAAACUAAAGUAUUUUUAAAAAAAUAAAAGAAUUAUGACCAUUUCACAGCUGUUCAUAAGAACUAUAGAACUACCAUAUCUGAAGAGUAAAAUGGCUUAAUUUUGUAGUGCUGGUGACUUUGUUAAUUGUUUAAUUGUUUAUUAUGAUUCGAAACCCGGCCGUCGAACAAGGCUCGUUAUUGGCCUUCGU